UCGGGCACGGCCUAUCUCGUCCGUCUGCUCCGCCCACCUUGGUUAUAUGUACAAGAAUGAGACCUGACGUGUCCGUAGAGCACAUUGCAUCGCCAACUUUGCCCGAGCGCAGUCCAUUACUGUCAUUACAUCUCCCGCAGCUGUCGUCCCGAUCGAACGUGAAACGAUAAACCAGAAACAAACAUGGCAAUGUCUGAUUUUCGUCGCAACAAAUUGAUUUACGUCUUCAAGACUUUUUUCGACGUGGACAACAGUGGUGCUAUUGAUCAACAAGAUUUCCGCCUGGCAGCCGAGCGCACAUGUCGGGUGCACGGUUGGAGUGUGAACGAGGGCAGGGGCGCCCAAGUUCUUCAGCGGCUUCUAGACGUCUGGGAGGCCCUUAAACGAGCCGAUUCCAACAGCGAUGGUUCCGUUGAUCAAAAUGAGUGGUGCACCAUGUGGGAGACGUACGCCAAGGGUGGCAACGAUUCACAGGAGUGGCAGGAUAAGUACAGAGACUUCUAUUUCAGCAUCAUGGAUACCUCAGGUGAAGGAACAAUCGAAUUAGAGGAAUUUGCUGCCGUUAACAAGCGUGGCGAUGUUUCAGACAGUGACUGCUCCGAAGCCUUCAAGUUAUUGACGAAGAACAAUUCAUCUGUCAUGGAUUCGUCUACGUUCGCACAACUAUGGAAGGAAUUCUUCACUUCGGACGAUCCUUCAGCCCCUGGCAAUUUUAUUUAUGGGAAAUUGAAAUUCUAGAAGUGAUGAUUGUUUGGUAUAUCUUUAUAGUUUUAACAUUCCAAUUAUGGAGAAACUGAACAAAUUCAGUGAAAUAUAGGGGGACAUCUGCAA